AUGUCGAAUAAAUUGGUCUUUUUUGUACCUUAUCAUACAGGUUAUGCUCAUAUAGAAUUGAUUCUUUCGUUCGCCUCGUUUGCUGACGUUCAUCUCUUCGUUUAUAAAUGGAAUCCUGCUCAACAGCUCGUACGAGAUUACUUUUCCAGAUCAAUUCAUGUUAAAGUUCAUGAAUUUAGUAUCGAUGCUAUUCUUGCAGAAUUAGUCGUGCAACAACAACAGCAACAUCGAGUAGUUGUUCUUCUCACUGCUUCUAUAAAUUAUUCACUCGGACAAUUACAGUUUCGUUUCUUUUGUAGUAUACAAAAAAAUGCACCUUCAAUUAUCGACGUCUACUCCACGGGUCACUGCAUGUAUGGAUGUCAAAGUUGUGCUCAUGCAUAUUCACAUCGCUUACCAAUUACUUUCACUAAUUAUAUUCGUACGAAAUAUUUAUCAUCUAUUAAUAUCGAUAAAUAUGCUGAUAUUGUUAUCUGUCCAAGUUUUUCAUCUGAAGAUGCUCCAUUUAGUCUUUUGUCGAAUAAAGAAAUUGUCGAGCAAAUUGUUGCUUUUCCAUUUCCACAUGUUAUCAAACUACAUCCACUCACAUAUCAAAUUAAGGACGAUGAUAAUCCAAUGUUAACUCUAAGUAACUUGGAACAAGAACAUGUACAUCAUUUUCUUACAUCGAAAAAUAUUUUACCGAACACACAAACAAACACAUUAAAAUUAAUCGAACAUGCUCGAGUUCUUAUUUGUGAUUCCGAUUCGUCGAUUCCAUUUGAAGCACUGUAUUUCAAUGAUCAUAAGCACAUUUUAGUUUACGAAAUGGCUGAAAAACAUGAUAAUAAAGACGAUCGACAAACAUAUUUUCAUAUUUUUAACAAUGCUCAACAAUUGACUAGUUUACUCGAGCGUUACUUUGCUGGUAAACUCGAAUGUAAAACGGAAAAUAGUCAUAAAUUUUUCUUAGAAAAAUAUGUAGAACCCGAUGGAAAAGAAAUAGAACAACUGGCC